CCCAUCGGCGUCGUGCGGUCGCCCUACACGGAGCGCUUCGGCACGCCGCGCCAGCCCACGGUGCGCAGCCAGACGGCCGGCGGCGGCGGCCUCGUGGGCACGAUCGAGCUCCGACCGGACCUCGCGGGCACGCUCGGCGGCCUCGCGGGCUUCGACUACUGCUGGGUCGUCGCCCACAUGCACAUGAACACGGGCUGGAGCCGAAAAAUCACGCCGCCGCGGGGCCCGCGCGACGCCAAGCACGGCGUCUUCGCGACGCGCGCGCCGCAUCGCCCGAGCCAGCUCGCGCUCAGCGCGCUCAAAGUCCUCGCCGUCGACGAGGCGGCGCUCACCGUGACGGUCCAGGGUUUGGACCUGCUGGAUGGAACGCCCAUCCUCGACAUCAAGCCCUACGUGCCCUACUGCGACAGCUUCCCGGACGCGCGGGCGGGCUGGGUCGACGACCUCGACGGCGCGGGCGGG